AUGAAGAUUCCGCUCCGUCUAAAGCCCUCAGGGCUUUUCAAAACUCUCUGUCGACAACCAUUAUCGCUACCGUCAUCUCAAAUCACAACUUCCUGCCGCGCAUCAAGAUGCCGCUCCUACGCUACCUCCGAGCGCCUCCCGAAGAUCGCAGAUGCAUCCGUAUGGACGGCCAUGGUACCGCGAUUCAUGAUGAGGAAUCGCAAAGCGCGCAAAGCCGGCGAGCCCAAGGAGUGGAACCCGGCGACUUUCUACAUCGUCAUGUUCACAUUGAUCGGCUCGCAGGCCAUCCGUCUGCUCACGCUGAAGAACUCAUACACGGCUUACUCGCGGUCGGCAGAUGCGAAAAUCAAAUUGUUGAAAGACGUUAUUGAGCGCGUGCAAAAGGGCGAGAAGGUCGAUGUGGAGAAGUUGUUGGGGACGGGGGACGAGGCGAAAGAACAGGAAUGGGAAGAUGUAUUGCGCCAGAUUGAGGAAGAAGAUGCUCUGUGGCAUUCAAGGCAAAAGGCUCUGAAAGAGAAGGAAGAGUCUGCGCGAGUCGCCGAGACACAAGCCUCGGCUGUGCAGGAUACGCCAAAGAAGGAUGAGGCUACGAAGGAUACGCCAUCGACUCGAAAAGUCAAUUUUUUCUGA